AUGCCCGCUUAAAAUCUACCUCAGAUUGUCGGCAUAUUUAUCUCGCUACGUAAUCCAGCUACUGCUGAGCAGUUCUUAUUAUGCAAAUAAGGGUUCCUCUGUUAUGCUAAUGAGCCGACCAGAAAUGUAAACGUUAGAUGUACAAGAUGGCGUUGGUUCGGUGCUGUUUAGUACUCAAAUUCAGACGUUAGUUACCUCAAUUUAAUGGCCAAAUUCAUUGGGAAAAUAUGCAAGGAAGAAGCUAUGCUGAAAUGCCAUUGCCACCAGGGUGGGAAGAGGCAAAAGCAGCGGACGGAAAGACAUUUUACAUUGAUCAUUAUAGUCAAAGAACUUCGUGGGUUGACCCUCGCGACAGGGACACUAAGCCAUACUCAUUUGCCGACUGCAGUAAAAAUGAACUUCCAUUAGGGUGGGAACAGGUAUAUGAUGAACAACUUGGAAUAUACUACAUCAACCACAUUCAUAAAUUAAAUCAGAUUGAGGACCCACGACUGCAGUGGCGGCAUCAACAAGAUGAAAUGCUUAAAGAUUAUUUGCAAUCGGCGGAAAGAGAUUUAGAAACUAAACAGGAAAUAGUGAACAUAAAGCAACAACGAUUACAAUUGGCUGAAGCCGAGUAUGAUCAUUUGAAUUAUCAUCUAAGUGGAUCACAGUCUAAAACAAGUUUAAAUUCAACUAGUUCAACAGGAAGUACUAAGUAUGACCCUGACUUGCUCAGAGCGGAGGUCAGUAAUUCCAAGAAAAGGGUUGCUAUGUUACAGGAUCAGUUACAACAGAUACAGACAGAAUUACAGUACCAACAAAGAGGCUAUGAAACCCUAGCAAAGGUUGAUGAGAAGAUGUCAGUAGGACAGGAAACGGUGACAUACCAAGUAGAUGAUGUGAAAGCUAUUAUUGAUGAAGUCAGCUCAAUCAAACAAUCACUGAUUGUGGGGCAGAAACAAAAACAAGACCUCUGCGAAUCUCUUGUACGAUUAAAGAGCGAACUGUCGGGUGAAGAGGGCAGUCCACACCUCCACCAGCUUCAAAGUGUAGAUGCGUCGUCGCAAACCGACUUGUCAAGCCGCAUUCUGACCAACUCUAGGCUCGCGGAGAAAGCUAAGCUACGUUUUCAAUACGAGGAAGUCAAUAGGAGAAUCUGUCGAAUACAAAAGGACUUGAGUAAUCUUGAAACGCAGACAGCGCCAAGCCACAAAGAGGAAGACAAAAAUCGUUUGUUGCUCAUCAACGAAAAAGAGGACCUCUUACGUGAUCUGCGGAGUACAAAUCCAAGGAAACGUACAAAAGAAGAAAAACAAAAAUUGGAAGAAGAGAAGUGCAAACUUGCGAAAGAAAUUUACGAAGCACGAGAAGAAGCCCAGCAAGUUAUUGGAGACAGAAUCCGAUUAGAAGAACGAAAGAAUCAGCUAAUGCAGGAGCUGGCAGAAAUGACGAAAAUGGCGACGCAUUUACAGAAUCAAAUUAAAAUUGUUUCAAUUACAACAUUAUCAUCCGGAUCCAGCAAGGGUUCCUUAGCGGCUUCCAGUCAAGGCUCAUUAGCAUCCAGCCGAGGGUCAUUGACCUCCAGCUUUACAGACCUCUAUGGGUCAUCACACACCAAGUAUUUGAGUGAUAUAUCAGUCAGAGAGAUGCAGCGAAAGCUGGAAUCACUUUUACCAGGCUGUGGAAUAGGCAGUGUAAAAACAAAUAGCAUUACACCAAUCCGUGAGGUGCUAACACCGACAAAUACGCUGGAUCGUAACCAGAACCCGCACCUCUCGAGCCAAGAAGGACUUGCCUCGCAGGGAACACCGAACACGAACAUUUCUCUAUCACCGAGAUCAUCUUUAAAUUCGCUCUCCCCACCCGCCUCACCUAGUGGGGGUGAUGUUGACAAUACUUUAAUCGAAACAGGAGCAGUCCCACCCCCUAGUUACAAAGACCAUGUAGUUCAAAGGUUAAAAUCUGAGAUUUCGAACUUGGAUACAAACAUAUCGUCCUCAUCGCAGGUUGUGGACGAUCUUGAGUCUUCGCUUUCAAACAUGCACGUUGGUCAACGUGAUGUAUGCAACUCUCAUUCGGCAUUUCUGUACGGACUUGGAAAUAGGGAUACAAACUCUCAAAUAUCUUACCUAGCCAAUGGCAAAGGAGUGUUAGGACUUGAUUUAGAAUCGAGGAUCGAUAAUGGAGUUGAGUUCGCGACUGAUACUUAUGGAAAUACGCAGAUAAACAUGCCUCUUAGCCCCAUAUGUGAAAAUGCACCAGAUUUACCGGCUCAGGAGAAUAGUACCUCAGCGGCGGGAACACAGAGCGUGUCUGCAGCCGUAUCUAAUGAAUCGGUCGCUGGAGACAGCGGUGUGUAUGAGGCAGCCACCAGGAGGCAUGAACUGGACCUUGGCAUUGAAAAUCACCUUGACGGUACACAAAUGCAGAUUCUGUUCAACUAUAACACGAUGGAGGGCAGGCUGUACAUCAGCUUGGAGAAAAUUGUCAAUUUACAAGGCCUUGGCCUGCAUGAGAGCUCAGCAGUAUUCCUCAAAGGAGACCUUACACCUUGUCCGCCAUCGCAAAACUGUUCGUUUCAAACAGGGGUCCUUGUCGACCUGUCGCAGGGCGUCGUUGGCGUCACCAUAUGCAAAGAUAUACCCAGCAGUAUACUAGCAAACCUCACGUUACAUCUCCUGGCUUUUAGUCAUAACGAGAAGAAUGAGGAGGAGUGCCUGGGGGUUGCACAAAUCCCAUUGUCACCGUUCAGCACCUCACUGCAGCCUUGGAUCACAUGGUGUAACAUAAUUAACUGUAGGAGGCUAAGAACAUCAGAAACCAGCAAGCCGCAGAGUACUCCAAACCUAACAUUUACAUCCAACCACCCCAGGUUAUGUGCAAGUGAGAUGGACAUUAGCAGACUUUACUCAUGCACCAACCAUCGAAGGGCUUCCGUGGGAGCUGUAGACCACACCCAAUUAGAUGCUAGAUCAUUCUCAUUUGACAGCGCUCACAUUAAACAGCAGAGGAACUUAACGUCGUUAUCAGUUCAUUCCGUUAAUAUACCAAUGACUUCUGGCUUCAACCACUUGGAUCCUAGGGUGCGGAAUUACAGCCGAAGCCUACAGUCCCUGAAUGGAGUGAAGAUCGACAAGGAGAUCAAUACAGACAUGUCAGGUCCUGAAAUUGCCAGGCAGCUACAGCCAGGAAUGAGGCCUAGGUCGAUCCAAGACCUGCGAACUCCGACAACAGUCACAAGAUCCAAAACAUUUUCUGCAAAUCCUGGUACCCAUUACAUAUGUCAGUUAAAUCGAAGCGAUAGUGACAGCGCAAUGCCACUCUACAGAAAACCUUUCACGAGGAAUUCAAUUGACAGACGAAGUAUCAGGUGGAAGAAGAGUAAAAUCCUUGAACCACGUCCGGUGGGAGCAAAUGUAGUGUACCAAAAAACAUCGCUAGAUCUGGAGAUGGACUUGCAAGCGUCGCGCGUGAAGCAAUUUAUGCUGAAUGAGGAAAUCGACAAACUACGAGAAAUUAAGCGCUGCAUGGAGGAGGCAAAAAUGAAAGGUGAAGUGUCAAUGCCGACGUCUGUCAGCAAUAACAACAUCAUGAAACGACUUCUAGAUGAUGCGGAGAUGGAGGUCCUGCGACGACAUCAAAGCCACGAGGAGAUGCAGCAGGCGAAGAAGUCUGACCGUCUGAUGAAGAAGACCAUCCAAGGCGCUCACCAGAUGGCCAAGAAUUCAAGCAGUCAGGGAGAUAUCACAAUGUUCAGGGAAAAGUUGGAGUUCUUUACUGCAACAGAGGGACAUGUACUGCCCCAAAAAUAUUAGAUGUUCCACUAGGGGUGAAUGUAAGGUGCUUGUGCUGGAUCGCAGGGCGAAAAGUUCAAUGAACCUUGUUUUUCUUUUAGUUAAUUUUUUUUUUUAAAUCAAUUGUAUUUUACUGGCAGUCCAAAGCAUUUGUAUUGUAACCAAUUCAGGUCUAACUGUUAUUCAUGAAAUUUUUUUCCACUAUUGAAGUGAAAAAUAUAAUUAUAUUUAUGAAUUAUAUGUAUAUGCAUAUUUAUAUAUGUAUAUAUAUAAAUUUGCAUGAAAUAUGCUGUUAACCAUGCAGCAGGAAUUUUUACUUUGCAAUUCUCAGCUAGUAUGUUUUUCUAAAAAGCAAUGCUCAUGGCUUUCUGGAUUACAACCAAUUGCCAAACGUCUGACUCAAGAUGUUUGAAUUUUGGCGGAUGAGUGUAGGCUCACUGUAGUUACCACAUUCAUAUGUGAAACUGCCACAAAGGUCACCGUGGGCGUGAGAGACGUUUUGUCGGACAAUUGCUAAUUGUAAUUUACUAUCCUUCGGUGAGCUUGUUUACCAUUUCAUUAGUUCGUGUGCUUUUAAUUAAUUAAACUGCAUUCACAAAUUGAGAUUCAAGAGAAAAACGUGCAAAAUUGAAUGUGACAGACAUAUCUGCUGCAUUUGGAAAACGUAAUCAAAUUGUUAGUAGAAUUGUUCCUGUAUUACGACAUACCCGCAUUUAAUUAAUAUGUUAUUAUGUUAUUGGGAACAUUUGAUGCUUUAUUUCCAAGACUCAAUGCAGGCUGGGAGAGUGGAGGUGUUUUUGAAAAAAAAAAAAAUGUGCAUUUUUAGAAUUGAACACAAUACAUUGGGAUAUGAAGGCAGGCACUUGAACUUCCAAACCACCUCUGCACUCCAUUAAUUGUAAUAUUUUAUUUAUGUUAACUUUUUCUGUUGUAUAGACCAGUAAUGCUUUUUUGUGAAAAUUGUGACAUCAUUCAUUUUUAUUUUUAAUAAUUCUCAUAUAAAAACUAUGAUGUUUUUGAGUUAGAUCACCUAGCCUUUAUAUGUGGCCUUAUUCAUUAGGUAAUACAAUAAAUACCAGACGAAAAAGCGCCCUCUAUUGAUACCUUAGUUUUAUCACAUACCUAUUGAAUGUUCAAUAUGCUACCUCAUUUUCAUUCUUAAUUUUAAUUGUAAAUUACACAGGAAGUGUUACACCAGCUUAACCCAAUACCUCUUGAAUAGAGUGGACCGUAAAUACCAUAUUUUGUAAGCUGUAUCAAUACAGUGCCUGAGUUUUAUCUGGUAUUGACUAAGGCUACAUUCAGACCUGAGAGAUACACCAAGCAUAUCUAACGCUGGGCGUAGGUUAAUCCAUGGCAUAACUAACGAGAUGUUCAGACUGGGCAAUUAUUAAAUGCAAAGUAUUUGUAAUAGCCCAUUUUAUUUCCUUUUACAUGUAUGCUUAUUGUAAUUGAUCAAAUCCUGGCCGAGUUCAAAAUCAUUGAUGCAUGAUUGUCAUAACUCAGUGGGGUACGCUAAUCUGGGGUCUCUUGGUAGAUUAUCGUAAUACUGGCAUUCGCUACGCCACACACAAGUUCACACCACUUGAUUAACAUUACACUAGCGUAUAUCUCGCUGUGUCUGAACAUAGCCUAAAAUACUUAGCAAAUAAGGCUUUGUGUGAAUGCUAGUCAAACUAAUAAAAUUGAGCACACAUUCCAUCGCACAGAAGUCAUAGGAUUGUCGGCCGAUGUACACGCUGUAACUUACUGCGUUGUCUAUUGAAUUGCGCCAGCCAAUGACUGUCUGGACAUUAAAAUAGUGAUAGCUUUGCCAUCAUCAUCAUUAUUUAUAUUUUAAGGUUACAUUUUAUCUUUCAUAAAAUAUUGCAAUCAGUAGCAGUAUUUCCCUUGAUUUGUAACAAGGCCUUGAUGUACAAUGAAAUUAUUUGUGGAAUACCUAACAAGAAAGGAGUAACUGACAGGCCUAAUGUGCUUUAAAGUAGUGCUGCAAAUCCACUCUAUCACUAUAUGACCUUUUGUAUGCAACUGAGAAUUUAUUAUUGAAAAACUCAUAAGAAAGAUGUUACCAUAAGCAGUAUGGUUGUUCUACACAUGCAUAUUCCAUUUUUUUACUGAUUAAAAAAAAGUAUUCUUAAAACACACCGCAUAUGAUGGAAAGUAAUUUUUUUUAAGUUAAAAUAAUUUAAUUUAAAUGGAUCUUGAAUGAAUUUUUUGGUGUUAAAGUUUAAGGGAUUCUAUCAAUGUUUGGCUGAAAUACCUCAAAAUUCAAUUUUUACUUAGAAUAUUUAAGUUCAUUAUUGUGUUUUUGUUUGAAAUUAGAACAAGAAAAUUUUCCUCUUGCCAAUAAAAGAUGCAUUAAUGAUACAGUUGCUAUGUCCUUUGCUAAAGCCCUGUCUACAAAUUAUGCACAUAUAUAGUCAUGAUGUGCCUAUAUAUGGUCAUGAUGUGAUGUCAUCAUGACCAUAUUUAGACAUGUCACAUGUUCUUAAUUGUCUGAUCAGGGCUAGACAUUUAAAUUGGUUGGUAACCAAUUUAACCCUAUAGAUUAGCAAGACCUGAAUUUGUUUCUUUAAUUUCUUUUUCUCAUUAGAAUUUUGUAAAUUAAUUGUCUCUUUUGAAAGAGCGGAUUAAAGUUUUCAUUGAAUCGGGCCAAUAGCCUUUCUGAAGUGUCAAUUGAACUGACCACUCAGAAGUCUUUAUUUUUGGGCCUUAGCAACACUAUCCAAGAGGCGUUGCUUGGUAGAAAGGGUCUAUUUAUCUAAAGUGAUUACCUUGAAUAAUAACAUUUCUCAACAGUGGAAAUAUUACCAAUAAUUUUGGGGUUAUCAGUAAUCAGUGUAGUUUGUAUGAUGUUUUCUGUAUUAUUAUUAUUUUGAAUACUGUUAUUGUUACUAUUAUUAAUUAUUAAUGUCAUUAAUUUUUUUUCUAGUGUUAAGUAAUGUUUUAAUGAGUGCUUUGUCUGGUACAAAGCAAUUUUUAUAUGUAAAUUUUAUCUAUUGAUUUCAGCUUCUGUCAUUCAUAGAGAAACAUAGACUAAAUUAAACAUAUUUAAGGGAAUAUUUUAUUAAAGUAUUUUAGAAACAAUAAUUAACCAAUCAAAUAUUUUACAAUGUUUUUUACUGUAUUUUAAUUAUUAUUGUUAUUUUUCGUAUCAUUUUUUCAUUAUUUUUUCAUUAUCGUUCUGUGAUCUUUAUCAAUAAUAUGAUUAAAUUGUAUUUAUUUGAUGCUCUUAAAAAUAUACAAUUAUGCACAAAAACUAACUAGGCAAGAAAAAAGAAAGAAUUUAAAAUUAUUCACAUAAAAGCAUUCAGUUCCUAUAAACACAGUAGUACAACAAAUCACAAUAAACACAGGGAUAAAAAAUAAUAUACACAUUGUUGAAAAUGUUUUUAUUAUUAUUGGUGCAGUACCAUGAUCUGUUCUAAAAAUCCUGAAUUAAACAGAAAAGAAAUUGGACUAAUUUCGUCAGAAGAGUAUAUCUGGCGAAAUUGUAUGGUUUUAACUUUUAUGUAAUUUUAUAUUUUAUAAUGGACCGUUCUAUAGUGUCAAUAACUGGCCAAUCAAUGGGAAUACGCGCAUGUCCUACAAACACGCGUGUUAUCCCACAAACGCAGCAUGUGUUUACGUACGUUUACGCUAUUGUUUUGUUGGACCUUGGCAACCGUAUCCAAGGGGCGGGGUUUAGCGGAAAGGCCAUUAUAAUAAGAGUCAACUAUUGUGGUAUUGUUAUUCUACUCACGUCAACAAAUAUAGAGCUUCUAAGUUAGUUUUUUUUUAAUUUUUUUUUUCCUUUAAUUUAUGGUAUCUGUAUUUAAUAAUUUCAGAUAAUGUAACAUUUUGGUGUUGGCUGCAAAACAUAAGUAGAUUGUUACAAAUUGUAAAAACAUGUUUUAUUUUGUAAUACUUUGAUGAAUGUUCACCAGCGUUUGUUUUAAUAAUAUAUUGGCAGGGCCAAUGCGAAGUAUAUGUAUAAAAUUAUUGUAAUACUUAUAAGUAUAUUUUAACGGAGAUAAACGUUAACUUGUAAUAUGCCUGUACUUUUGAAGUAAGACUUAGAACCGAGGGUCAAUGCAGGGGAUAGCACUCUUAUACUUUUCAUGCUUACGAUGAUUUUCGAUAGGUGCAUCCAUCUAAGGUGUAAAUACUUGCAUUUAAAUUGGCAAGUGAUAGAUAUAAACACACAUCAAGGUGUAGGCCUUUUUUUUUUUACAGUAGACGCAUAACCUGUAAUCUAAUGGGGUUUUUUUUAAAGCUCUGUCCAAGCUAUAUGUUUUAUUUCACAAAUAGAGAGAUUUUACAACCUUACGAAAAUAAUAACGAUUACGAACACGUCAUUAUCGUUAUCGUCGUUCGUGCCUACAGCAUCCUUGACAAUAUUAUGCUAUAGGCCUACGAGCUGAAUACGAUCCUCGAUUCAUGCAGAAGGCACGAAUUGCCUAUGUUGUGACAGCGUAAGCUUGUGAAAACUCCCUAAUACCUGUAAUUUUCUCAAUAGGUAGUUUUCGCCGCACGAUGUUAACCUUAACUUUAACGUCAGUACCCAACAUGCAGCGUGAUAGCUCCACUCCUAUUGUAAACAAAUCGAAAUACGCAUGCGCAAACUCGUAACUAAAGUGCGUCGAGCACGUAAAAUCCUGAAAUUAACGUACUCCGCAACGCAAGAUGAAUAAAUUAUGACGUCAUCCGUUAAGGUUAACGUCGUGCGGCGAAAACUGCAUAUUAUGGGCUACAUUACGUUAUAUAAAAAUGAUGGGUUCUAUAGUGUGGACAGAAUUCCAGCUAAUUUUUUUUCCACCGAUGUGACAACGUUGUAAUAUUUUGUAAAGAAUAUCUGUAAUAAAUACAUUUCAAAGUAAAAGUGA